GGCAGUAGGCCACUCCACAAACAUCUACAAAUCCAAACAGGCAGAUCACAAACCCGACGAGAGAACAGCCAGAUUAGUCGAACAAGUAACUCGAAAAUGUUCCGCGUCGCGACCUGCAUUUUGGCGGUGUUCGUGCUUCAAAGCGUGGAUUUCUCACGCUCGGAACUCUACAACAAACAGUUGACUAUUUACGCCGAGCCUGGACGGACGGAGUGCUACUUUCACCCGAUAGCCGCCACCGAAAAUAUCCACCUGGAAUACGAAGUGAUCCAUGGGGGGCAUGGAGAGCCCCACAUCAACUUCAAGCUGAUGAGUCCCAGCAGAAACGUUCUGGUCGCAGAAACGAAGAAGGACAAGGGAAAGCACAAGAAGGUGGCCUACGAAACUGGGGCCUACCAGAUCUGCUUCGACAACACCAUUAGCUCGUUCAACCAGAAGAUAGUCAGCUUCACCUUGGAGGUAACUCCGAAAGACCGAAAGGAGGCGGAGCUCCGAGAGCUGCGCGAUGAGAUGCUCUUGGACUACCAAUUCGACAAGGCAUACACCGCCAUCGACGACUACAUGGGAAAGAUCCAAGUCAGCAUUAUGAAGUCGCGCCAGACACAAGACUUUAUCCGAGCACACGAAGCCAGGGACAGGAACCUGGCCGAGUCCAACUACGCCAUGGUCAACAACUGGUCCUGGGCCCAGUUCCUGGCCAUGAUUUUAGUCGGCCUGCUGCAGGUCAUCAUGCUCCGAAGCAUUUUUAGCACCAAUGGGACUCUCUACCAGUUUUGGAAGCGCUUUUAAUGAGCAUCCGUAAAUUUUCAUGGAGAAUUUUAAUCCCGUCUCCAUCGGAUAGGAGCAUCCGUAAAUUGUAAAGUAAUAAGUUGGAUGUUCUAUCUACAAAUAAAAGGGGCAACAACAUCCUGCCACUACUACAGGCCCGCA